CUGCUUUUGUGAGGGGGUUGUAACCUUAAAUGGCUGGCUGACUUAUAACUUUAUAUUGACAUUGCGCGUGUCUUAAUAUAAGGAACAAUAAUCGCAUAACAUACAGGACAAUUCGAGACGUCGAUCUUUGGAUGAUACCUACAUAUGCGAUGCAACAUAUAAAAGGAUCUGGUUCCUUGAAUUACGCGCUAACCCCGCACCGGCAGAUGGUACAUGUUGCAUCCCAGGACAUUACCACGGGCAAGUUGCCAAGCCCACGAUUGGUCAAUUUCAACGCCAACUUCCAUCAGGGGAUAAAUCCCCGAUGCCAGACCACUUAUCUGGGCAGCCGUCACUACCUUACUUGUUAUUCCAUUGCAAGGUAUCCUCAAGGUGUGUGUGUUUACAGAUAAAGUCUGUACAACACACACUGAAUGUUUGGUCAAGAUGACUCGGCCCGAUGAUCUCCCAAAGGAGACUACAAACCAUCCACGACCUAUGUGGGGGAUCAUAUGUGAAUAUGUGCUACCUUGAACAUCCAUAGCAUCUAUGUUAUAAAGGUGCUGAAUAUCUCCAGUUUUGAUCUUCAUACUUCCCUCAACAAGCAAAGAUAAUCUCCAUAAGAUGCGUCUCAUACUUUUCUAUAUCGGGAUGUGCUUGUCAGUCACCGUGGCACAGCUUUGUAAUGGCUAUGCCGAGCUCUGUGAUCGUAAAUGGUCAGAGAUAUCCCAAAUAGGAACACACGAUAGCGCGUUCGUGGGAGAUUUACCAGCAGAGAAUCAGAAUCUCGAUGUCACAGCUCAACUGAAUGCUGGUGUACGAUUUCUUCAAGCCCAGACUCAUUAUUUUCUCGAUACAUUGACGUUAUGUCAUACUUCAUGCUUUUUACUAGAUGCUGGGCCAGCUGUUUAUUAUCUAGAGGAUAUCAAGAAAUGGCUUGAUGCGAAUCCUAAUGAAGUCGUAACUUUACUACUUACGAAUGGAGAUUAUAUUCCUGUCGGAAAUUUCAGUUCAGCAAUGGAAGUGUCUGGUCUCGCAAAAUAUGCAUAUACACCACCGCAUCAAUUAGCCAUAAAUGAAUGGCCUACACUUCAGGAGCUGAUCACGAAUGGAGAUAGACUUGUCAUGUUCCUCGACUACGACGCGGAUACGAAUGUAGCUCCAUAUAUUCUACCCGAGUUUUCCUAUUUUUUCGAAACUGCGUAUGAUGUAACUACCCCUACAUUUCCAACAUGUACACUCGAUCGUCCACCGGGAUCAAAUGGAGAUGGACUUUUGCCGUUAAUAAACCAUUACUUGGAUAUUGAUGUCUUCGGUAUCCUCGUGCCAAAUAGACUGGAAGCUAAAAAGACGAACGCGGCAACAGGUGUAGGUAGUAUUGGAGCCCAAGCCGACCUUUGUACUUCAACUUGGGGCCGAAAACCGCGAGUAAUGCUCCUAGAUUUUUUCGACGUUGGAAAUGCAAUAGAAGCACAAAAUACAUUGAAUGGCUUGUAAGAAGGACUUUUAAAUGCAUCUUAUGUUUAUUAAAAGUAGUAUAGGAACGAGAGCCAGAAUAAUGAGUCUCAGUCGUUGAAAUACUACCAUGCUUCUUGAUCAUAUGACUAAAACGUACAAAUAUGUUAUUAACUCUCUCCAUA